AUGAACAACACAGCCGGGUCCUACGCCUUAGUUGGAGCCAAAGCCCCCGCUGAUUCUACAGUGGCCAAGAAACUGAGAGAAGCAGGUGCUAUAAUCUUAGGAAAGACAAACCCCAGCGAAUGGGGCAAUUUUCGAAUAUCGCUUAAUUCGAGCAACGGCUGGUCAGCGUAUGGAGGUCAGACAUACGGACCCUUCUAUCCCCAUCAAGACCCAUCUGGAAGCUCAAGCGGAAGUGCUGUGGCAACAUCUCUUGGUCUGGCGACAAUCACGCUAGGUGGUGAAACGUGUGGAUCAAUAAUCGAUCCUGCCAGUUAUAACAAUGUUGUAGGAAUGAAGCCAACUGUUGGGUUCACAUCUCGACAUCUUGUAAUUCCGAUCAGCGAGCACAUGGACACCAUCGGGCCUCUUACAAAAACCGUAAAAGAUUCAGCGUACGUGCUUCAAGGCAUUGCAGGUUUUGAUAUCCAUGACAACUACACUUCUGCUAUCCCAGAAGAAGUGGACAUGGACUUUGUUGGUGCCUGCAAACUCUCUGCACUUCAAGGUGCGCGGCUGGGUGUGCCUCGUAAUGUCAUUCGACUGAUGUCAGAUGAAAUCACACGGUCAAUGGUCAAGGCAUUUGACGACUCUUUGGAAGUUCUACGCGCGGCUGGUGCUGUGAUCGUAGAGAGCGACUUCCCUGCAGCGCGAGAGUUUCUAGACGACAGUAUGAUAGGCGCGAAGAUCAUGGGCGCUGACUUCGUUGUCAACAUCGAAAAUUACCUGCAACAACUUGUCUACAAUCCACACAACAUCAAAAACCUAGUUGACCUACGCAGAUGGACGCAGGAUAGUUCACUUGAAGGAUACCCAAGCAAACCCACAGAGCUUUGGGACUUUGCGCUGCAAAAUUGGAACAACACUGAAGCUGAAUUCUGGCAAGCAUAUCAGCAAGGUCUCUACUAUGACGGUGAAGGAGGCCUACUGGGUACCAUCAAGAGGCAUAAUCUCGACGCCGUCUUACUACCAUCACAUUUUUCUUGGAACUUUGCCGCUGUUGCUGGUGCGCCGAUCGUUUCUGUACCGAUUGGGGCCAUGCAGUCUGAUCAACCCAUCGUCUCGGACGCCGAUGGAUUAGUGUCCUCGGCGCCCAAUAUUCCAUUUGGUUUCAGUUUCCUAGGUGCAAAAUUCAAUGAUGCAAAGAUUAUUGGAUUGGCCUACGCCUUUGAACAACGGACACUUGUAAGGGCUAAGGUGAAGCCGUAUAUCAUACCACGCACUGAGCUCUGGGAUAUCAUGGGAACAUAG